GGUUCAACGUCCAACCUAAGGAAAGCGAGAGACGCAUUCAAUUACGUAGUAUUUAUAUACAAUAUCAUCUCAAGGCGUUGGUGUACUCUCCUGCUUCUCACAUUCAAAUUGCACGCUAGCUUACGUCUCUUUUUAACUAGCACUCUCUCUCUCUCUCAUUUGUCAAUGGAGUUGGACCGCCUUGCGAUUUCAUCAGUUGGCGCAGUCGUGGCUGUGGUGACAUGGCUGGGGUGGAGUGCGUUGAACUGGGUAUGGUUGAGACCGAGGAGGCUGGAGAGGCGCCUCAGGGAGCAAGGGCUGAGCGGGACCUCGUACAAGUUGUUGUUUGGAGACGUGAAGGACAGCUACGCCAUGACGGAACGAGCCAAAUCCAGUCCCAUCCCCUUCUCUCAGGAUAUCCUCCCUCGCGUCGUACCCUUCCUCCACAACUCCGUCAACACUUACGGAAAGAUUUCCUUUACGUGGCUUGGACCAAAUCCUAGAGUGAACAUCAUGGACCCUGAACUCGUAAAGGAGAUUCUGUCAAAGAAUUUCCACUUUAGAAAGCUUAGGUCUAAUCCGUUAGCCAAGUUGCUGGCUAACGGAUUAGCAAGCUAUGAGGAUGAACAAUGGACUAGACACAGAAAACUCAUUAACCCUGCUUUCCAUAUCGAGAAAUUGAAGCAUAUGUUGCCGGCAUUUGAUACCAGUUGUAGCGAGAUGAUAAGCGCAUGGGAAAACACGGUCUCCACGCACGGGUUUUGCGAAUUAGAUGUGUGGCCUUUUCUGCAAGCAUUGUCAAGGGACGUCAUAUCUCGAACUGCAUUUGGUAGUAACUAUGAAGAAGGAAGAAGAAUAUUCCAACUCCAGACUGAGCAAGCUGAGCAUACUAUUAAGGCUUUAAAUUCAGUCUACAUUCCAGGCUGGAGGUUUAUGCCAACAAAGAGGAACAACAGGAUGAAAGAAAUUGAAAAGGAAGUAAAAGCAUCAUUAAGGGCAAUGAUUGAUAAAAGAUUGAAGGCAAUGAAGGCAGGGGAGGCUAGUAAUGAAGAUUUGCUGGGUAAAAUGUUGGAAUCCAAUCUCAGGGAAGUUCAGGAUAGUGGAAAAGAUGGCAAAAAAGCUGCUGGGAUGAUGAUGAGUAUUGAUGAAGUGAUUGAGGAAUGCAAGCUGUUCUACUUUGCUGGGCAGGAGACCACCUCUGUUUUGCUUGUGUGGACUAUGGUUUUGUUGAGUAAACAUCCACAUUGGCAACAACUUGCAAGGGAAGAGGUUUUGCAGGUGUUUGGGAAUGACAAGCCAAACUUUGACGGAUUAAAUCGCCUCAAGAUUGUAACAAUGAUUUUGAAUGAGGUUCUACGAUUAUACCCACCGGCAGUUGCAAUGAUUCGAGUUAUCCACAAAGAGACGAAGUUAGGAAGACUGUGUCUGCCUGCUGGAACGAUACUUUCUAUACCAAUAAUCCUGCUUCAUCAUGACAGCAAAGUUUGGGGCGACGACGCAAAGGAGUUCAACCCGGAGAGGUUUUCAGAAGGAUUGUCAAAGGCGACAAAGAACGGAGUAGUUUCAUUCUUUCCAUUUGGUUGGGGGCCUCGCAUAUGUAUUGGACAAAACUUUGCAAUGCUAGAAGCAAAGAUGGCCGUGGCGAUGAUUCUACAACGCUUCUCCUUUGAGCUUUCGCCGUCUUAUACGCAUGCUCCCCAUACUGUCAUCACUCUUCAACCGCAAUACGGAGCUCACUUGAUUCUACAAAAAAUUUAGACAUUUCUUGUAAUUUUGGGUUUAAAUUUCUUAAACACACAAGGAUAUUGUGUAUGUUUGAUCUAACAAGAAGAUGAAAAAACGCUUUCAAACCCAAAUUUGAUUUGGUUCAGCAAUGCUUGUAUAGAAAUUUGUUCUUUAAGUGUUGAAUUCAAAUCAUAACAACAAAACUAGGAUUUUUUGACA